AUGAGGUAUUCAUCAGGUAUUAUGGGACUCUUUAUCAAAUCUAUAGUGGAGAAUCCAAACAUCAAACUGAAAAGGGUAAGAAUAUCAGAAGAUGAAUCAUUACCACAACUGUCACAAUCACAAUCACAAAAUGGGAAUAGAAAUAGACAAACAGGUGGUUUGGUUAGAAGAAAUGCUAUUAGAGGUCGUUGGAUAAGAAGAUUUCAAGAUUCAAAUAGAACAGGUGUUCCAAUACAUAUAUAUGAACCUCCAUCAUUUGAUGAUUUUGAUAGAUCAAAUAAUCAAAGACCUGUUAUAUCUAAUUCAAAUGAUAAUUUAAAUAGAGAAUUACCAUCACCACCAAUAAUUAGGGAAUCAAAUAGACCACCACGUUACCCACUGCAUUUACCCUCACCACACCCGGCUCCUUUACAAAAUGAUUUCUCACCACCUCUGAAUUAUGAAGAUCAUUUAGAUGGUUUAUCAUUAGGUGAAUUAGAAGAUCGAGCAAAUCAAUUAAGAAGAACUUUAGAUGAAAGACAUGAUAUUAGAGUUGAUGAAUCUGAACUAGAGGCUCAUCGUCAACGUGAAAGACAUGGUGAAAGACGUAAUGCAAUGCAUCGUGAAAUACGAGCACCUUUAUGGUUUGGUGAUGUUGGAUCAGAUUUACCUUUUGAUCAAGAUAGAGAAGAUAGAGAAGCUAGAACACAUAUGUAUGUUCAAAGAAAUCUUGAUAUGCGUAAUCAUAGAAGAUUACCACCUUCAAAUUCAAAUUCAAAUAAUGAAUCAAAUAGUGAUAAUAAUCCAAAUAAUUCAAACAAUCCAAACAAUCAAAAUGUUCUGAAUACUAAUAAUCCAAGACUAAUGUUUGAAAUUAGAAGACGUUCAUUAGGUAGACAAAGACAAAGACAACGUGGUCCUCAAAGAACAAGAGGGGAUCAUAGAAGACUUGUAAGAGUUAGUGGUGGUGAACCUGAACGUCUGAAUCUUCAUCAAGUUGUUCAGUUUGGUCAAUUAUUCCCUAGACAAAUGGGACAAAAUGAACUUUUAAAUUCAAAUAGAUCAACAAAUCAAGAAUCACAAAAUCAUAAUGAAAGACCAAGAAUGACAUUAAGCUCAAGAUUAAGACAAAGAACAAGAUCUCAAAGAUCUGGAAAUUUAUCACUGGAUGAUAUUCAACCUCAACCCCAACCACAACCACAACCACAACAGCAACAAUCAAGAUCAUCUGAACCAUCAAAUGAACAAGAUGAAUAUGAUCAACUGAUUAAUGGAACUGAACCAAGUAAUAAUUGGAGAAAUCGUACAAUUCAAAUCCAUAGAGCUAAUAAUUCAUCAAAUAAUUCAUCAAAUAAUACCCAAGAAACACAAGAAACAACAAGACAUCGUAAUAGAAAUUCAUAUGUUAUAUUAGAAAACGGUGAAAGUGAUGCAAGUUCUGAUAGUGAAACACCUUUACAAUUCGAUGCUGGACAUUGA